GGGUGAAGAGAAUGAGUGGGUGGGGCAGCAAGAGAGAGAGAGAGAGAGAGAGACUGUGUGUGUGUGACGGAAAGAGAGUAUGCCUGAAGAAGAGAGGUUUUUCUCAAAUAUAUCCCAUGUUUCAGAUUAACCUCAGGGAUUUCAUUUAAAAUGUCCAGGUUUACAGCAGGUUUCCCAGUUACCAGGAGCUGCCACAUUCGCCCAGGUCCUGCCCUCUGCUGUGUCCUGAUGUUUUACUUGCAUGCCGGUGGCACUGUUGCCUUGCAAGUGACAUCCACUGGGCCUCAAACCAUCCAAAAAGCCCUGGGAGAGAGUGUGAUCCUGGGCUGCGAGUACAGCACAGGACCUUCGGACGUUGGAGAUCUGGACAUCGAGUGGACGAUGGUCAGCCCGGACAUAACGCAGAAGGACCAGCUGAUCCUGUCCUUCAUGGGAGGGACGAAGUACGAUCACAGCACCGGCGCCCUGGCGGAGGGAGUGGACUUCGCCGCCACCGACCCGUCCCAGGGAGAUGCCUCCAUCAAGAUCUCCUCACUGGCUGGCAGCAACGCCGGGACCUACCAGUGCAAAGUGAAGAAGGGCCCAGGUGCGGAUACGCGGAAGGUCACGCUGGUCGUGCUCGUACGUCCCUCUGAACCCAAGUGUAAGCUGUUGGGGAGUGAGAAGGUAGGGGGCGCUCUUUCCUUGCAAUGCAAAUCCUCGGAGGGCUCGACACCACUCAUCUACUUCUGGCGGAAGGGUAGCGAGGAGGUUCUUCCUUCCAACGUCACACAGAACUCAGUCACGGGUGAGCUGUUCAUCACCAACCACUCAGAAAGUACGCAGGGCAUGUACGUGUGUGAAGUGCGUAAUGCCGUGGGGAUCGAGCGAUGCCGCUUCCGGCUGCAGGCCAUCAAGCCCCCUAACAGGGCAGGUGUGAUUGUGGGCACCUUUGUGGGUGGUCUUCUGCUGGUGGUCCUGCUGCUCCUCUUUAUUUGGUUCCUGUUCUGCCUCUGGGACAAGCGACAGUCCGAGAAGGAAGAUCUGGCCAACGAUAUCAGGUUGGACGUCCCCAGCCCCCUGAGCCGGCCCCCGAGCCGGGCCCUGAGCCGGCCCCCGAGCCGGGCCCUGAGCCGCCCCCCGAGCCGGCCCCCAAGCUGGGCCUCUGGCCGACGAUCAGACUGGGCGCACAGCUCGUUCAAGAACCCGUCCAUCACCCGGUCCCUGGCGUCUGGCUCGAUAGCAGGAUCCUUCAGCACCGGCCGCAAAUCGCCAGACUCCUGGCUGCUGGGGGCUCGACUGGAGAGCAGAGGCAGCUAUGCUGUGUGACGGACUGCCGCAAAUCCAGGAAGAACGUCACACGCCAGUCAUGUCAUGUCAGUGCUGUAAAUGUGUCCCGGUUUGUGUUUUCCCCUAAUUUUUUUAAAUAAAACUGACAGAAGGGGGCCUCUUUUCUGCCACGA